UCCCGCCUAGAAUGCAAAAGCCGACAAAUUUGGGAGCUUUCUCUUGUCUCCUCGUCUUGUCAUCGAUUCAUUCAUACGUUUUCUUCAAAAUCACCGAUUUCCAGAAAUCUUUGGAGACCGUAAGCUGUUUUUCUGCCCUGAAAGUUUCCCGAUGUCAGCUCCGUCGAGUCGCCGUCUCAAAGAUGCAAAUGCCGGUGGCGGGCAAAAACCGUUGCCCGGCCAAAAGCCCUCGAAGCCUCUGACCCCAGUUUCGAUUUCUAGGCAAAACCCUCGUCCAGCUCUCCAGAAAUCGUCCUCCUCGAAGGAGAAUCCCCGGCCGAGUUACCGGUCUUUUGGGUCGACCCAGAAGCCGGUGCUCCGAUCUGUCCCACGCGUGGAGAAGUCCGCCAUCGGUGGUGGUGGUGGAGAAGACGGAUGUUGCGGCGGAGAGGGUCGGGUUAGGUGGUCAACAUCGUGCGGUCCAAGAGGUAGGAGUCCAAGUCCAUCUGAUUUGAUCAGGGUUUUCUCGGAUUUGAGAAGGGAAAAGGGAUCUAGGGUUUCAUUGGAGAAGGGUGAAUUGAGUUCAGAUAAGAAAGCUAGGUAUAGAAAUUUGGGCGGCAAGCGGGUAGAGAAUGACAAAAAGGUUAGUGAUACAUUGUGCAAAUCGAGUAGGGUUUGCGAAGAAACAGAGGAGGAAAGUAGAAUUAAGACGGAUUUAGGCUCUGACCCUUUGAAAGCAAGUAACUUGGAGGAUUCUAGCACAAGAAGAAGUUCGAGCUGUGACCUAAAGGUGCAUGCUCUUCUUGGAUGUGAAAGCAAAUCUGCAGUUGCUUCGAAAUCUGUUGGUAAAAUGGAAAAUAUUGGGAGAGGUACUAAUUCAGUUUCAAGGAAAAAAUCUUUGGAUAAUGGUGGGAAAGUACUGGAGAUCUUGAAAGAGAAGAGAGGGGUUGAAGGAACAAGUGGGCUUUCAAUCAAAUACCAAAGCAAGCUGCAGGAGAAACUUGCUUUUCUUGAAGGAAAGGUUAAGAAAAUCGCAUCCGAUAUCAAGAAAACAAAGGACAUGCUGGACUUGAAUAAUCCAGAUGCAUCGAAGGUGAUAAUCUCUGAUAUACAGGAGAAAAUCUCUGGGAUAGAAAAGGCUAUGAGCCAUGUUGUAAGUGAUGCGGAUGACAAGAACAAUUUGCCUAGUCUAAGUUCUAAUGAAGAGAAGAAAGAACCGGGGGAUAAUGAAAAUGAGAUAGUGGAAAAUGUGAAAUCUUCAGUUAAAGGAUUGAACAAUGAAGAGCUAGAAGACAGACUUUUUCCUCACCAGAGGUUGCUGAGGAGCAGAACACAGUCGAAGACGAUGUCAGAAGUCUCAAAGAACCAGGAUGUGUCAGAUUCAGUUGAAUCCAGUAUGGAAAUAAGGGUUGAAGUAAAUCCAUUGGAUCAUACUGAGGAGAAUGGCAAAAGUGAAAUCACAAUUAGGAGUGAUCAACCCGAUUCGAAGCAUCUGGAAGUGCAACAUAUGGAAGUAGAAGAAAUGUCAAAGAAACGAGAUUCCUCUAAACAGAUCAGUGUCACUUCUAAGCUAAAUGAAAUUCUCAGAGCUGAUGAAACCCUUGAAGAAUUUGAUGAUGAAGGGGAUAGAGAAGAUAUGGAGCUUGAGGAGAUUGAAGAUGCAUGCAUGUACCGCCUAAAUGAGAUUGGAGCAAAAACUUCUACUGGAGGAUGGUUUGUGUCAGAGGGAGAAGCAGUUCUUCUCGGUCAUGAUGACGGUUCAUGUUCCUAUUACGACAUAGCAAACUGCGAGGUGAAAUCGGUGUACAAUCCUCCAAUUGGUAUCUCACCAAACACUUGGAGGGACUGUUGGAUAGUUCGUGCCGCAUGUGCAGAUGGCUGCUCAGGCAGAUAUGUUGUAGCUGCUUCUGCCGGGAAUACACAAGAAUCUGGAUUCUGUUCAUGGGAUUUCUAUACCAAACAGAUAAAAGCUUUCCACAUUGAGGACGGAGCCAAAAGAGCUGAUCAUUCAACAACAGUUCUUGCUCCUUUAUCCAAUAACACUCCAUAUGGUAUGAACACUGUUGCUUGUUCAUUGGCACCAGAAGCUCGACAAUGGUGGUACAGACCUUCUGGACCUCUUAUAGCCUCAACUGUGAGUUCCCAAAGAUUGGUUAGGGUUUUUGACAUAAGGGAUGGAGAACAAAUUAUGAGAUGGGAGUUGCAGAAGCCUGUGUCAGCUAUUGAUUACUCGAGCCCUUUACAGUGGAGGAACAGAGGAAAAGUCGUCAUAGCAGAAACUGAAGCUAUAUCUGUGUGGGAUGUAAAUUCCCAACAUCCUGAAGCACAGCUAACCAUUUCAUCUUCAGGGCGAAAAAUCUCAGCUUUUCAUAUUAACAACACUGAUGCUGAACUGGGCGGAGGGGUUCGUCAAAGGGUAAGUUCCUCAGAAGCUGAGGGCAAUGAUGGAGUAUUCUGCACUAUCGAUUCAAUAAACAUCUUGGAUUUCCGUCACCCGACUGGAAUUGGUGCUAAAAUACUCAAACUCGGUGUUAACGCUCAAUGUAUAUCCUCUCGUGGUGAUUCAAUAUUUCUCGGCUGUGCAAAUUCGAGGUCUACCGUUAACAAACACCCGGCUUCUCAGGUGCAGCAGUUCUCCUUGCGAAAACAACGUCUGGUAAGCACAUACACUUUGCCAGAAUCAAAAUAUAACUCACACCACUCUGCUAUAACACAAGUCUGGGGAGAUACAAGCCUUGUCAUGGCUAUCUCUGGCAUGGGGCUUUCUGUAUUUGAUUCUGCAAAGGAUGAGAUGGUUCAGCCUUUGAUGAGUGAUUACGAAAACGUUAAGGAAACUAUCGGACCAGACGAUAUGUAUUCCCCUUCGUUCGAUUACUCAGACCGUCGUGUCCUUCUCAUCUCAAGAGACCGCCCUGCAUUGUGGGGGCCCCUCCUGUAAAAAAAAAAAAAAAAAAAGCAAGAAGCUUUGGCUUCAAUGGUGUUUUUUUACAGGGUCUUCAGUGAAAGAAACGGAACUUGGGUCUGAUGGUUUUACACAUCUAGUUCCUUAUCUUAUUCCAAGUGAUUUUUCAGAUGGGUAAAUCUAUAGUGGCUCGGGCAAUAAACUAGAGGGAGUUCCUAUGGUACAGGACUUCUGUUUUAUCAGCUCAUGUGUUCUGUCAGCACAGCUUGUGCUUCUGUUGUGUGUUUCUUGUUUGCUUGUCUUCAAGACAGUGAUUAAGAUUAAGAUCUUUGUUGUUUGUAAAUUCA